CUUAUUAUCAUGCCCACCGUAGACGAUGAGGGUGCAGUUGACCCCAAUGUCACCUUCGAAUCCUUAGGGCUGGUUUCCACACUAGCUGAUGCUUGCAAACAACUCGGUUGGAAAACACCUAGUAAAAUCCAAGCGGAAAGUAUACCGUCCUCUCUUUCAGGCAAGGAUGUGAUUGCAUUAGCUGAGACGGGAUCGGGUAAAACAGGUGCGUUUGCCCUGCCGAUCUUACAGUCACUACUGGACAACCCGUCCCCACAUUAUGCAUUGGUCCUCACACCGACCCGAGAACUGGCUCUGCAGAUAGGCGAGCAAUUCGAGGCUCUAGGCUCGAGUUUAGGGGCUCGUACUUGUGUUAUUGUCGGUGGUGUAGAUAUGAUGACACAGGCCAUUGCGCUAAUGAAGAAGCCACAUAUUGUUGUGGCAACUCCGGGGAGAAUUGUGGACCAUUUCGAGAAUACAAAGGGGUUCCAUAUGCGCAAUCUGAAGUACUUGGUCAUGGACGAGGCGGACCGCAUGCUUACCCAGGACUUCGAAGUAGAGGUUGACAAAAUUCUAAAGGUUAUCCCCAGAGAUCGUCGAACCUUCCUCUUCUCCGCCACCAUGACUGAUAAAGUCCGCAAAUUACAACGAGCGUCCCUUACCAACCCCGUUAAGAUCGAGGUCUCAAAGAAGUACCAGACCGUUGAGAAGCUCAUACAAUACUAUAUGUUUAUUCCGUCCAAAUUCAAAGACUGUUACCUUGCUUGGCUGCUGAAUGAGAAUCAGGGUCAAUCCGUUAUAAUUUUUGUUUCGACGUGUGCGAACGCGCAGAGGACGGCCAUAUUACUAAAUAAUCUAGGGUUCAGCACCAUUCCGUUACAUGGACAGAUGCCACAGACCAAAAGAAUCGGAUCGCUGAACAAGUUCAAAUCUCAAAAUAAGUCGAUUUUAAUUGCCACUGAUGUGGCCAGUCGUGGUUUGGACAUACCCCACGUAGAUAUUGUCGUCAACUUCGACAUCCCAACGAACUCAAAGGACUACAUCCACCGAGUAGGUAGAACAGCGCGAGCCGGCCGCGCGGGUAAAUCCGUUACCAUGGUAACGCAGUACGAUGUCGAGCUGCUUCAGCGGAUAGAGAAGCUGAUAGAAAAGAAGUUAGCCAAUUAUCCGUCGGAGGAGGAAGAGGUGAUGCUGAUGCUCGAGAGAGUUACAGAGGCGCAACGCUUUGCCGCCAUGAACAUGAAAGACGCUGAGCAGGCUAAGAAGCAGGGAAAGAGAGACAGAGAGGAAAUGAGCGGCGGUGGAUCAAAAUCAAGUAGAGGUGGGAAGGGUGGGUUUAAAAAGCGCAAGUAACGUAUAAGACACCGGACCACUAGUCGUGUU